GAGAGCAGGGAAAGAAGGCUUUUCUCUUCUUGGAAAACGCGAAACUAGUUGAGGUCGAUUUCCCAUUUCGGAAAUAUCAAAAAUCAAAUUGUCAGUGCCACCCCAUAGGAAAACAGAAAGCAGAAGAAACAACUCCCUACACUCUCUCAUGUAACCGAAAGAAAAAGGUCUAAAAUUCCUUCAGAGCUCACUCUUUGCUCACGUGAUUCCCCAAUUUCCAACCUUCGGAUCCUCGACAAGAUAAUAUGAUUUUGUCAGAGUUCGGCAUUACUUUUGCAUAAUUGCCCGCUUCGUCAUUGAAAUAUAGUCUUCUUGUACUAAGAAUCUUGGUUGAAUAUGGGGGAUCUGACUACACAAUCUGGAAACAAUGGAUUUGAGGGAGAACUUGUCAAGCCCUCUAGAGGUGCUUUCGCAUGUAUGAUUAAUUCUGAAAUUGGGGCUGUUUUGGCUGUCAUGAGGAGAAAUGUUCGAUGGGGAGUCCGUUAUGUUGCAGAUGAUGAUCAGCUGGAGCACUCCCUCAUCCAUUCCCUGAAAGAAUUGCGGAAACAAAUUUUUUCAUGGCAACAUCAGUGGCAAAAUGUUGACCCAGUUGUGUACCUCCGGCCUUUUUUGGAUGUAAUUCGAUCAGAUGAAACUGGUGCACCAAUCACCGGGGUUGCCUUGUCUUCCAUUUACAAAAUCUUAACACUGGAUGUACUUGAUUUGGAUACUGUAAAUGUGGGAGAUGCUAUGCAUCUUAUAGUCGAUGCUGUCACAAGUUGCCGGUUUGAGGUAACUGAUCCCGCAUCUGAAGAAGUGGUGCUGGUGAAGAUACUUCAGGUUCUUCUAGCUUGCAUGAAAAGUAAGGCAGCAACUAGGUUGAGUAAUAGGCAUGUAUGCAUGAUAGCAAAUACAUGCUUUCGUAUUGUUCAUCAAGCAACCUCCAAAGGUGAACUGUUGCAGCGGAUAGCUCGGCAUACAAUGCAUGAAUUAGUUAGGUGUAUUUUCUCACAUCUUCCUGAGAUCAGCAGCCCAGAACAUGAAAUGGCUAAUGGAAGCUCAUCAUCUGCUUCGGAAGUGGUUACACAGAACAGUAAUCACAUGCUUGGAAGUACACUGCUAGAAAAUGGAAAUGUGGGCCUUGAUUGUGAUGGUCCGUCCUCCAUUAGUGAUGCUUUUAGUCCUCUUGUGGUGAAUUCAGCUACUGAAACAGACACAAGCAAGAUUGGGGAAAGUGAUGGGAAGGAGGAUGCUCAACAUGGUGAAAUAUUGAUGGCAGCACCUUUUGGAAUCCCAUGCAUGGUGGAGAUAUUUCAAUUUUUAUGUUCUUUGUUAAAUGUCAUUGAACACAUUGGUAUUGGCCCUAAAUCGAAUCCCAUAGCAUAUGAUGAAGAUGUUCCCCUCUUUGCACUGGGUUUGAUUAAUUCAGCUAUAGAAUUGGGUGGGCCAUCAUUCAGCAAGCAUCCCAAGUUAUUAGCUUUAAUUCAGGAUGAGUUGUUCCGCAAUCUGAUGCAAUUUGGCUUAUCCAUGAGCCCAUUGAUACUUUCUACUGUUUGUAGCAUUGUUCUCAAUCUAUAUUAUCAUUUGCGUACUGAACUAAAAGUGCAGCUUGAAGCUUUCGUUUCAUGUGUACUUUUGCGACUUGCACAAAGCAAGCAUGGGUCAUCCUACCAACAGCAGGAGGUUGCUAUGGAAGCGCUGGUUGACCUUUGCAGGCAGCAGACCUUUGUGGCUGAGAUGUAUGCCAAUUUUGAUUGUGACAUAAGCUGCAGUAAUGUUUUUGAAGAUCUUGCUAACCUGUUAUCAAGGAGUGCAUUUCCUGUGAAUGGACCUUUGUCUGCAAUGCAUAUCCUUGCUCUUGAUGGUCUGGUAUCUAUGAUCAAGGGUAUGGCUGAGAGAAUUGGCAAUGAAUUGCCUGUUUCAGAUGAGGCCUCAACAGAUCAUGAGGGAUAUGAAGCUUUCUGGACAUUGAAAUGUCAGAAUUACAGUGAUGCUAGUUCUUGGAUUCCCUUCGUCCGUAAGAUGAAGUACAUCAAGAGAAAGUUGACGAUUGGAGCUGACCAUUUUAAUCGUGAUCCCAAGAAAGGUCUAGAAUUUCUCCAAGGAAUCCAUCUAUUACCUGAUAAGCUUGACCCAGAAAGUGUAGCAUCAUUCUUGAGGUACACAACCGGGUUAGAUAAGAAUCUUAUUGGAGAUUUUCUAGGAAAUCAUGAUGAAUUUUGUGUUCAGGUGCUUCAUGAAUUUGCUAGGACCUUUGAUUUCCAUGACAUGAAUUUAGAUUCAGCAUUACGUGUUUUCUUGGGAACUUUCAGAUUGCCUGGAGAAUCGCAGAAGAUACAGAGAGUGCUUGAGGCAUUUGCUGAAAGAUAUUAUGAGCAAUCACCACAUAUAUUGUGUAAUAAAGAUGCUGCCCUCUUGUUGUCGUAUUCACUUAUACUGCUUAACACAGAUCAACACAAUGUACAGGUUAAGAAAAAGAUGACUGAAGAAGAUUUUAUCCGUAACAAUCGACUCAUCAAUGGAGGGAAAGAUCUUCCUCGAGAGUACUUGUCUGAGCUUUACCACUCUAUCUGUGAGAAUGAAAUCCAGAUGAUCCCAGAUCAAGGUGCUGGUUUCCCAGUGAUGACGUCGAGCCGCUGGAUUAAUAUAGUGCACAAAUCCAAAGAAAGCUCUCCUUUCAUUGCCUGUGAUUCUAGAGCACUCCUUGACCAUGAUAUGUUUGCAAUCCUGUCAGGCCCCACAAUUGCUGCUAUAUCAGUGGUUUUUGAUCAAGUGGAACAGGAAGAUGUUUUACAAACAUGCAUUGAUGGAUUCUUGGCCAUUGCCAAAAUUUCAGCACACUAUCACUUCGGUGAUGUAUUGGAUGAUUUGGUUGUAUCUCUUUGUAAAUUCACAAACCUCUUGACUCCUUUAUCUGUUGAAGAGGCCAUUGUUUCCUUUGGAGAUGAUGCCAGAGCCAGGAUGGCAACCUCAGCAGUUUUCACAAUAGCAAAUAGCUAUGGUGAUUAUAUCCACAGUGGCUGGAGAAACAUAUUGGAUUGUGUCUUAAUCUUGCAAAAGCUUGGCCUUCUGCCUGCUCAUCUGGCUAGUGAUGCAGCUGAUGAAAUGGAGUCCUUGUCUGACCAUGAGCGUGGUAAGCCUGCUACAAGUUCCUUAUCAACAUCACAGACAGUACGUGCGCCCACUCCUCAGAAAUCCUCCAGCCUGAUUGGGCGGUUCAGUCAACUCUUAUCCUUUGAUAUGGAGGAGCCAAGGUUGCAGCCAACCGAGGAACAGCUUGCUACUCAACAGAACCUUCGUGAGAUAGUGGAGAAAUGCCACAUUGAUAAUAUAUUCAUGGAGAGUAAGUUUCUCCAAUCAGAGUCUUUAUUGCAGCUUGUUGGGGCCAUUGUCUUUGCUGCAGGUCGAUUCAGCAAGGGAAGUGGCAUUGUGGAAGAUGAAGACACUGCAGUGUUCUGCCUGGAGUUGCUGAUUGCUAUUACACUAAAUAACCGGGAUAGGAUUAUGAUUAUCUGGCAAAAUGUUUACAAGCACAUAGCAGAUAUUGUUCAAAAAAAGUCAACGCCUUGCACUCUAGUGGAAAAAGCUGUGUUUGGGCUCCUUAAGAUAUGUCAGCGCUUACUUCCUUACAAGGAAAAUCUAACUGAUGAGCUUCUGAAGUCAAUGCAACUAAUAUUGAAACUUGAUGCUCGGGUUGCUGAUGCAUAUUGUGAACCUAUCACACAAGAAGUCAUGCGUCUUGUAAAAGCAAAUGCAACCCACAUCAGAUCACAUUUGGGUUGGCGCACAAUCAUCUCCUUGCUAUUUAUCACUGCCCGACAUCCAGAAGCAUCUGAGUUUGGAUUUGAGGCACUAGCAUUCAUCAUGUUUGAGGGGGCACAUCUUAUGCCAUCUAAUUAUGUUCUCUGUGUGGAUGCAGCAAGGGAAUUUGCUGAGUCUCGGGUUGGAGAGGUUGAUAGGUCUAUUCAUUCCCUGGACAUGAUGGCAGGUUCGGUUGUUUGUCUAGUAAGAUGGUCGUAUGAGACCAAGAAUGCUGCAGAGGAGGCUGCUAUACAAGUGAGUCAGGACAUUGGAGAGAUGUGGCUGAGAUUGGUGCAGGGACUGAGGGCAUUGUGUUUGGACCAGAGGGAAGAGGUGAGGAACCAUGCUAUUUUGAUGUUACAGAGAUCUUUGGCAGGGGUAGAUGGAAUUCACCUUCCUAAUGCUAUGUGGUUCCAGUGUUUUGAUCUUGUGAUCUUUACAUUACUGGAUGACUUGCAAGAAAUUGCAGAGGGGAGCUCCUCUAAAGAAUACCGGAAGAUGGAGGGUACACUUGUUUUAGCCACAAAACUAAUGUCAAAAGCUUUUUUACAGUUACUUCAGGAUCUGUCACAGCAACCAUCCUUCUGCAAACUAUGGCUAGGGGUUCUCAAUCGUAUGGAAAGAUAUAUGAAGGUUAAGUUCCGGGGAAAGCGUAGUGAAAAAAUUCAUGAAUUAGUCCCAGAGCUUCUCAAGAACACCCUGCUGGUGAUGAAAACAACAGGUAUUCUCAUGCCUAGUGAUGAUAUUGGUGGAGAUAGUUUUUGGCAAUUGACAUGGCUGCAUGUGAAGAAUAUAGUCCCAUCUUUGCAAUCUGAAGUGUUCUCAGAACAAGAAUUGGAGCAGAUGCAAGCAAAACACAAAAAUAAAGCAGAAAUUCCUGAGACGGAUGGGGUGGUGCUUGUUCCAUCAAAGGAGACCACAGCAUGAAGGUGCGCUGCUAAUUGGAAAUCUCCAGAGCAUGAUGUGUUUUAGGAUGAUGUAAAUGGCGGCAUUCAUAUGCUGCACUAUACAUGUUCUCCAUUGCAAAUCCUCAGAAUCCAGAACUAAAGCCAUAGAAAGGAAAGUAAACAUCGGAAUUGAAGUUUCAUAACUUGGUUUUGGGAUGUCAGCUUCAUUUUUCCACUCCCUGAACUUUCAAGGAGUGUUGUUGGGAAUUGUGUGUGUAGAGUCCAUUUAUUCUACCAAGGGAUCAGAGUAAAUCCCUGCAUAAUCUUUGUAUUGGCACAUAAAGUCUCUUUACCGGAAACCAAUUCCUCUGUAUACUUAUACCCCUGGUAUACCGUGUUUAGUUCAUCUGCAGUUUUGGGAACUUCUUGCAGAGUUAUUUGUAUUCUAGAGAAUGAGAAAUGAAGUCUUUGAAAACUUUUUGCU